AUGAUCGGCACGGUGACGUCGUGGCCGUGCGCGCUCGCGCUCGCGUCGAGUUGGGACGAAGGCCUCGUCGGCCGCUUCGCGGCCGCGGCCGCGCGCGAGUUCAAAGCCAAGGGCGCGAACGUCGUGCUCGGUCCCGGCGUCAACGUGCACCGCGUCGCCGCCGGCGGCCGCAACGCCGAGUACCUCAGCGGCGAGGACCCGCACCUCGGCGCGCGGCUCGUGGGACCGUACGUCCGCGGCUUCCAGGACCGCGGCGUCCUCGCCGUCGCCAAGCACUUCGCCUUCAACCAGCAGGAGACGAACCGCUACACCGUGAGCGCGGCCGUCGACGCAACGACGCGCUUCGAGGGCUACUACCCGCCCUUCGAGGCCGCCGCGGCCGCGGGAGUAGCGGGGGUCAUGUGCGCGUACAAUCGCGUCGACGGCGUGGCGGCCUGCUCGUCGCCGGACCUGCUCGAGCGCGACCUCCGCGGCGGGCUCGGC